CGUCCAGUAUGACUCAGUUGAAAUCCAACCCUUCGCCAACCACAUCUCAUUGAUCUCAACCUUUGAAUUCACGAGUUCGAUCUGUGCCCACUCCUGUUGGCCAAUCAAUAUCAACGCCAUCACAAUCAAAUGCCGUCUUUCACGUACCACCCACUCAGAAGGCUCCAGCCUCAGAAAAAGGCUCAGUAUCCUCGAACUCUGGUCCAAGACCCUCUGUAAAGCCUUCUACUGGAUCCCAAGGCUCGAAUCCUACUGCUCCCACAGCACAACUCACUCAGGUGCCUAUUUCCAAUGUAAAGCCAUCGGCUCAAUCGGUCAUACCCCGGGCUGGAUUGCUUCCAGUAUCUAUGCAUCACCCUCGACAUCACUACUCCGAUGGUUCUAUCAUCGUAAUAAUAUCCCACACAGAAUUCAAGCUUUAUCGAGGUGCGUUAGUGCGUGCCGGUGGUUGGUUUCGGGCUCGAUUCGGCGAGGGCAGUAGUCUUUCGACCUCCAACGCGCAAGAAAAGGGGAAUUUUGAUGCAAAUGCAAAUACAACCAAUGAUAGAACUGUUCCAAUCUGUGCGCUGGAUGGGGUCGUUUCCGAAGAAGAUUUUGUCGCACUGUUGGACGCAAUGGAAGAUGCCAUAAAUUUCUCGACAUCCGCCCCACCUUCAUUCGCGAAGGUCGCAUCUAUCUUACGCGCCUCUCAUGCUCUCGAUUUCGCAAAGUUCUACAAUUGGUCUAGAAGGGAUUUGGAAAAGAUGUGGGGCGUAGCCGAUGAUUCAUCAUCGGUAACCUCUCUCCGACCUUUACAGAACCUCGUUGCAGAUCAUGCUACUGAAACAAUUAUUAUCGCUCGAACGUGUGGCGUUCCUCGGGUUCUCCGUCGUGCAAUGUACGAGCUCCUCCGAUCAGAGGUAUUUGGUCGACCAUUGUCAAAGUCAGGCUCUGUUGGUGAGAAAGCAAGAGAAGCAAGUGGAAAAGGAAAAGAAAUCUCGAAUAUGGAUUAUCAACGUCUUAUCAAAGCACGAGAAACGUUGUCUUCCUUGUGGAUGGGUUUGUUAGCUCCAGAUGGGCAAGGCGGCAAUAGUAUUAUUACUUGCCCGCAAAAUUAUCCUGGGCAUUUGGUGAAAACUGGAUCUACUUCUACUCCCUUGUCCGUCCAACAGUGUCCUUCAACUCACAGCCCUCGAGAUAUCGAAAACUAUCUGCGGAUCUUCAAGACUUAUGGGCGGGAUCCGUUGAUAGGGCUGGAGGAGCUGUGUGAUGUGCAAUGGUCAGGGCCUUUCGGAUUUGACGCUUCCAAAAUACACAGCGGCGAGAGUCCAAGUUCUAGUGAAUGCAAACAUUGUCAUGCUGCGUCUGCGAAAUGGAAGUGCCUGAGACAAGGAUGGUGGGAGACUUUCGGUAGCAUUGUUGAAUGUUGAAUUUCAAUAGUACAUCUGUGGUGAAGAUUAUUUUGGCCAAAGUUGUCUUGUGAUUACUCUGCAGUCAGCAUCAUGUACUUCUUGUCCUGUACGUAU